ACUGCGCAAUUAUUCUCCGUUGUAUUGUUUGUCCGCAUGCACAGAAACCUUGAGGACUCGCCGCCUCAUCUCUUAUAUUGCAUCCAUCCCCUUCCCCACCACAAUCCUUAGUUCCUUCCUUCCUUCCCCUCAGCCUUGAGGGGACAGCCUCCUCAUACAAGGUGGUGAUUUGCACAGCAAAAUGGAGAUCACCAAUGUCACAGAGUACCAGGCCAUCGCCAAGCAAAAGCUUCCCAAGAUGAUCUACGACUACUACGCCUCCGGCGCCGAGGACGAGUGGACGCUCCAGGAGAACAGAGAGGCCUUUGCCAGGAUCCUGUUCCGCCCGCGCAUUCUCAUCGAUGUAUCCAAAAUCGACAUGACAACAACUAUCCUGGGAUUCAAGCUCUCAAUGCCUAUCAUGAUUUCCCCCACUGCCAUGCAGAAGAUGGCUCACCCAGAUGGAGAGUAUGCGACUGCCCGCGCAGCAUCAGCAGCAGGCACUAUAAUGACAUUGUCGUCCUGGGCUACUUCGAGUGUUGAGGAGGUUGCCUCAACCGGACCAGGGAUCCGCUUCUUCCAACUCUAUGUGUACAAAGACAGGAAGGUGGUCGAGCAGCUUGUGAGGAGAGCGGAAAAGGCUGGAUUCAAGGCGAUAGCGCUCACCGUGGACACCCCGCGACUUGGCCGCAGGGAAGCUGAUAUCAAGAACAGAUUUGUUUUGCCACCAAAUUUGACACUCAAGAACUUUGAAGGUUUGGACCUUGGCAAAAUGGACCAGGCUAACGAUUCAGGACUAGCUUCAUAUGUCGCCGGUCAAAUCGACCGUACACUGAGCUGGAAGGAUGUGAAGUGGCUGCAGUCCAUCACCACGAUGCCGAUCCUGGUGAAAGGAGUGAUCACCGCAGAGGACAGCAGGCUCGCCGUGGAGAACGGCGCGGCCGGAAUCAUCGUGUCCAACCACGGCGCCCGGCAGCUGGACUACGUCCCGGCGACCAUCAGCGCCCUGGAAGAGGUCGUGAAGGGUGCUGGCGGGCAGAUCCCCGUCUUCCUGGACGGCGGUGUGCGCCGCGGCACCGACGUCUUCAAGGCGCUCGCUCUCGGCGCCGCCGGUGUCUUCAUCGGAAGGCCGGUGGUGUUCUCGCUGGCGGUGGCCGGGGAGGCCGGGGUGAGCAACGUGCUCAAGAUGCUGCGCGACGAGUUCGAGCUGACCAUGGCGCUCAGCGGCUGCAACUCGCUGGCCGACAUCACCCGCAACCACGUCGUCACCGAGGCCGACAAAUUCGGCGUCAUGCCGUCCCGCUUGUAACUUGGAACCAAAUCAAGUCGGCGCACGUCGCCGGCGGCCGUAUAUCGAUCCAAGGCUUACGUACGUAACUGCAUGGAUGCAUGAUAUGCUACGUAGUGUAAUUAAUUUUGGACGGGAUGUGUGUGUGUGUGUGUGUGUGUGUUUUUUUCCAACUUCCAAAGUGCUGUGAUAUGGCAUGGAUCGAUCAGACAUGAUAAAUGAAUUAAAUAGGUACAUUAUUCCUCGCAAAAGAAAAAUUGAAUUAAGUA